AUGGUGGUGUUGGAGCUUGACGACCUGAGGGGUCAUAAGUUGGAGUGCACUUUGUGGGAGCAUUAUGUGGAUGAGGUCCAAUCUUUUUUGGCAGACAACGACGAUCCUCAUAACGUCCUGAUAGUCCAACUGGGAAGGAUUAAGUGUUUUAGAGGUAAGGUCGGGAUAACAAAUACAAAAUAUACAACAAGGAUUGUAAUGGAUUCAAAACUGAAUGAGAUUGUUGAGUUCAAAAAACGUCUCUCGAUUGAUGGUGUGGAAAGUAGUACAAGGAUGACUCAAUUGUCUACUCAGUCAUCCUAUUCUUUCGAAAAUGAUUUUCUUAAGGAGACUGAAAAAAAGUCUAUCAGUGAUGUGAAACUUUGUGUUGAGGUAACUACCUGCAUCACAUACGGGACUAUAAAGGCAAUUGAGAGCAAAUACAACUGGUGGUACAAGUCAUGCAAAAAGUGUCCAUUUUCCGUUUAUGAGGAUUUUGAGAAGUGGUAUUGUAAGAACUGCCAAAAACAUUGGGAAGAUUAUUAUCCGAGAUUUAGUGUUCAGGUCAGAGUUGUGGAUAACACAGAUUCCGCAUCCUUUAUUCUGUUUGAUCGCGACUGUGUGUCUUUGUUGGGAAUGAGUGCUGCUGAAUUGCGCGAGCUGCAUUUCAAGAGGGGUGCCGAUUUGGAUCAAUUUCCAAAUGAGUUAAAUGUUCUGAAUGAAAAGUCAAUGUUGUUCAAGAUAAAUGUUAAGCAAAAGGAUUUGAACACAAAUAGUGAGCCCAAAUAUCAAGUUUCCAAAAUUUGUAUCAGCGAAGACAUAAUCUCAGCGUUCAUUAAGUCUCUUAUAGAUCCAAAUGAUGAAGCAAAUUUCGAUAAUGCACGCGAAAAUGAAGUUGUUUCGUCGGAACUGGAAAAGGCUGCGUGGAAUCAGACAAGGGCGGAGUCUAGACUGUCAAUUUUUGAGUCUUGGAUGGAUGCAAAUAAAAAAUAUCCAGAAGGUAGACAUCUAACUUAUGGAGAGUACCCGACUGAAUUUGUUUUCAAAGAAAAAACGCAUGAAUGGAAUCCGAGAAAAAAAGGAUUUUCCAUUGGAAGGAUAAAUCGUUUUUCUGCCAAUAAUGGAGAAGAUUCAUAUCUUCGCACCUUGCUUAAUUUUCAAAGAGGUUGCACCAGUUAUGAAGAUCUUAGAACGAUCAAUGGUGUGGUUUUUCCUACAUUUAAGGAUGCGUGCUAUUCUUUAGGACUUCUGGAUGAUGACAAUGAGUACAUUGAUGCAAUUAAGGAGGCAAGUUCCUGGGGAUCUGCUGCUUAUCUUAGAUGUCUGUUUGCUCUGUUGUUAUUUGCCAACUCAAUGAACAGACCUGAAAUAGUUUGGGAAGAGUGUUGGAAAUUUUUAUCCGACGACGUUGUUUAUCGGCAUAGGAAAAGAAUAGGACGCCAAGAUGCAAUUCUUACAGAAGAGUCUAUAAAAAACAUAACUCUUGAAGAAAUUGAUAAAGUACUGCAGAGCAAUGGGAAAUGCCUCUCUGAUUAUCCGUCAAUGCCACGCAUCAAUAGUGAAACUUUGCUUGAUAUGCAAAAUCGAUUAGUGUUGGAUGAAUUAAUGUAUGACAGAUUUGCUUUGGAAGAGGAGCAUAAAAGACUAAUUAAUUCCCUCACUGAUGAGCAGAAAGCUGUUUAUGAUAAAAUUGUUUCAGCAGUUACGGCAGGUAAUGGAGGGUUAUUUUUCCUAUACGGGUUCGGUGGUACAGGAAAAACAUUUAUUUGGAAUACUCUUUUAGCAUCUAUUAGAUCAAAAGCUGGAGUCGUACUUAAUGUUGCUUCUAGCGGAAUUGCUUCCCUUCUGCUUCAUGGAGGACGAACAGCGCAUUCUAGAUUUCGUAUUCCUAUUCAAAUAAAUGAAGAUUCAAGGUGUAAUAUAAGGCCGAAAUCUACUAUAGCUGAGUUGCUGUCAAAAACAAAGUUAAUCAUUUGGGAUGAAGCUCCAAUGGUACAUAGAUUUUGCUUUGAGGCUCUGGAUAGGACACUAAGAGAUUUUCUUAGAAUUUCUGAUACAAGCUGUGUUGAUAUGCCAUUUGGUGGAAAAGUUGUUGUUCUAGGAGGUGACUUUCGGCAAAUAUUAUUUGUCAUUCCUCAUGGCAGCAGACAAGAUAUAGUUCAUGCAACCAUCAAUUCUUCUCAUCUAUGGUCCCAUUGUCAUUUAUUAACUUUGACCAAGAACAUGCGUCUUAAUUCUGGAAGUAGCGCUCACAAUUUAGAGGAAAUAAAAGAAUUUUCUGAGUGGCUACUUAAAGUUGGGGAUGGUAAUCUUGGAGAUGAUGUUGAUGGAGAAUCUAUUAUAACAAUUCCAGAUGAAUUGUUGAUUAGAGAAUCGGAAGAUCCGCUGUCGGAUAUGGUUAAUUUUGUUUAUCCGAAUCUCUUGGAUAAUAUUUUGGAUCAGACCUUCUUUAAAAAACGUGCUAUUCUAACUCCUAAAUUGUCCGAUGUUGCUAUGUUAAACGAGCACCUAAUGUCUAUGAUUCCUGGUGAAGAAAUGACUUUUUUGAGUUCAGAUAAAAUUCUUAAGCAAGGUGGGACUUCCUCUGUUGAGGAUGAUGAAAUCACCCCUGAGAUCUUAAAUACAUUAUCAUGCUCAGGGAUUCCUGAUAAUAAAUUAAUCUUGAAAGUUAAAGUUCCAGUAAUGCUAUUAAGAAAUAUUGAUCAGUCGAGAGGUUUAUGCAAUGGCACGAGAUUGCUUAUUACAAAAUUAGGGAAUCAUGUUGUUGAGGCAAUUGUACUUACAGGAAGCAAUAUAGGGGAAACUGUGUUAAUCCCUAGAAUGACGAUGAGCCCAUCGAGUCAUACAUUUCCUGUAAAUUUCCAAAGAAGACAAUUCCCCCUGAUUGUAUCGUUUGCCAUGACUAUCAACAAGAGUCAAGGACAAUCACUUUCACAUGUUGCAAUUUAUCUCCCUAAGCCUGUCUUCACUCAUGGGCAAUUAUAUGUGGCACUGUCUAGAGUAAAGAGUAAGCAUAGAUUGAAGAUAUUGAUACUAGAUGAAAAUGGCUGCAUUACGAAUAGUACCCUUAAUAUAGUUUACAAGGAAGUAUUUCAAAUACUGCUAUAG